CGGAAACUCCUCGGUUGUUUUGAUGUCGGAUGGUUUUGUUGUCAUUUAUCAUAAGGAGAAGCAGAACUUUUGCCUAGUCUGUUUAGUUAUGUUUUACUGGAAAGAACACGCAGAAUAACCUUUAAAAUGGGCAGUCGAAGUUGAUUAAGGAAACUGUGCGGUGAAUGAAGGUAAACAUUUACUUAAAACAGCGAUUAGCUGUCCUGUUCACUGGCUAGCAGAGAGCUCGUUACUCUGUCAUAAAAGUUGGGUUCAUCAUGGAUUGUACAGCGCUGGAAGUCGACGCUUUCAAAUUCGCGAAAACUGCUGUAACCUAUGACCAGAAUGCCAAAUAUAAUGAGGCUGUGUUUUAUUAUAAGGAGGCAGCCCAGGCUCUGAUAUAUGCAGGCAUGGCAGGGUCCAAACUGGAGGGGCUCCAGGACAAAGUGAGUGAAUACUUGGACCGUGUUCAGGCUCUCCACAAUGCAGUCCAGUCCCAGAAGAGCGACCCUCUGAAAUCCCGCCAUCAGUUGGAUCUGGAGCGUGCGCACUUCCUGGUUACCCAGGCCUUUGAGGAAGAUGAGAAGGGGAAUGAUGAUGAAGCUAUAGAGCUGUACACUCAGGCAGUGGAGCUGUGCAUCAAAACGUCAAACGAGUCAUCUGACCAAAGUCUUCAGACGAAGCUGAAACAGCUGGCUCGUCAAGCUUUGGACAGAGCGGAAGGUCUUAAAGAGUCGCAGUCCAAAUCGAACUCGGCACAGUCUCAGGACAGAACGAAGCCCAGCAGCGGCUCUGGUUCUGGUGGACCGGUGCGUCAGUUUUUCCCCCUUGGGCCAGACUUCUCCCUCCAUGACCGACAGCAGCCUCAACCAAUCAGAGCAGUCCAGUCAAGUGAACCCCAGGGUCAGCGGUACACAUCGGAGGAGAUCGAGGUCCUCAGGAGUACAUCUACAAUCAACGGCAUCGCCUAUGUGCCCUUUAUGAGUGUGGACUUAAAGGAACGAUUUGCCUUCCCUGUGCCCUUCUCGGACAAAACCGGGAAACUCGCCCUGUCACCCAAACAGAAAGCCAUUUUCUCCCGCUGGGUUCGACCAGACGAGAUCUGCAAUAAUCCCACCAUGAUCAUGUCUGUGUCCAGCUUCAGCAUCAAACAGACGGUGGUCUCUGACUGUUCAUUUGUGGCUUCACUGGCCAUCAGUGCAGCUUAUGAGAGGCGUUACAACAAGAAACUCAUCACCAGCAUAAUCUACCCUCAGAACAGGCGAGGAGAGCCAGAGUAUAAUCCUUGUGGAAAGUACAUGGUCAAACUUCACAUCAACGGAGUGCCCAGAAAGGUGAUUAUUGAUGACUACCUGCCGGUGGAUCGUAAUGGAGAGCUGCUCUGCUCCUACUCUAGUAACCGGAAUGAGUUAUGGGUUUCCCUGAUAGAGAAGGCCUACAUGAAGGUGAUGGGUGGCUAUGAUUUCCCUGGCUCCAACUCGAAUAUUGAUCUGCAUGCACUCACCGGCUGGAUUCCUGAACGCAUUGCUAUGCACUCUGACAAUCAGUCAUUCAACAGGGAAGACACCUUCCGCAUGCUCUUCCAGAGAUUUCAUAGGGGUGAUGUUCUCAUCACCACGGCAACGGGAGUGAUGACUGAGGAGGAAGGGGAGAGAUGGGGCUUAGUGCCAACACAUGCCUAUGCAGUUCUUGACAUCAGGGAAUACAAGGGAAUGCGUUUCCUGCAGCUGAAAAAUCCGUGGAGUCAUCUGCGGUGGAAGGGGCGCUACAGUGAGCGAGAUGAGAAAAACUGGACUCCAGAGCUCCUUAAAUACCUCAACUUUGACCCCAAGACAGCACAGAAGUUUGAUAACGGGGUUUUCUGGAUUUCAUGGGAGGAUCUUUGUCAGUACUAUGAUGUCAUUUAUCUAAGCUGGAACCCUGCACUGUUUAAGGGCUCCUCCUGUAUUCACAGUAGCUGGGAUGGAAAGCAGGGACCUGUGAAGGACGUCUACAGCCUCGCAAAUAAUCCUCAGUACAAGCUGGAGGUCCAGUGUCCAGCAGGGGGAGCCGCUGUGUGGGUGCUGCUCACUAGACACAUCACAGACAAGGAUGAUUUUGCUCAAAACAGGGAGUUUAUCACACUGGUUGUUUACAAGACAGAAGGCAAGAAGGUUUACUACCCAGCUGACCCUCCUCCUUAUAUCGAUGGGAUCCGCAUCAACAGUCCUCACUAUCUGACCAAGAUACGGCUGACCUCUGCAGGAACACACACCUUCACACUCGUGGUUUCUCAGUAUGAGAAGCAGAAUACCAUCAACUACACUCUGCGGGUGUACACUGGAUGCAAAUUCACCUUCGCCAAAAUCCCAAAUCCCUUCACCCACACUAAAAGAAUCAAUGGCCAGUGGAAAGGAGUCAGCGCCGGCGGUUGUGGGAACUACAAGGACUCGUACAAAAACAACCCCAUCUACCAAAUAAACCUGGAGCGGCCCGCCCCCCUGCUGGUGGAGCUGCGCGGUUCCAGGCAGUACAGUGUUGGGUUUGAGAUGGUAACCGUGUCAACGGUGGGUGAUCCUGGAACAGCUUCCUUCCAGAAGAAGAACAGUGGAGAUUACAGAUGCGGUUUCUGCUACAUGGAGUUGGACCACGUCCCCGCAGGCAUCUACAACGUCACCCCCACCACCUUCUUGCCUAAACAGGAAGGACCUUUCUUCUUGGACUUUGCCAGCACUUCCCCUCUCAAAGUCUCCCAGCUCCAGUGAAGACAGAGCGCAGGACAAAAAACUCAAAAGAAAGGGGGAGGAAAGUAACGAAGAGAGGAAGGCAUUAUGGGAUCUUCGUAGGCCUGCAGUUUAAAAAUGAAUGAAAUAAUUAGCGCUUCCUGCAGCUCCAGGAGUUCAGAAAGUGACUGCUGCUUUACUUCCCCUGUCUUCAGACAGUGCAGGCUCUCCAAGUUUAAAUCUGCAGAUGGUGGGUAUGAAGGUCUCUGUUAAAUGAACCAAGAACAAUGCAUAGUUCUAUGAAAAACAAGGUUUGAUAAACUAUUAUUAGUAAUAAUAUAAUCACAGGACACAAGACAUUGGCAUGAAAACACAAAUGCAAGGUAGUUGCUGCCCUGGUCAGUUUAUGUUCACUCAUCAUUGGCAUGGAUGUCAAAACACUUGGUCUUUUCAUGAGACAUUUGAACUUUUUUUUUACUUUUUUGGAAUAAUUACAAAACAUACUUUACAGUCACUUUUAUUUAUUUAUAUUUUUUGUGAAUCAGGUCCACAAUUUAUUUUUUACUUUUUUUUUUUAAUCCACUGAAAUUAAAAUAUUUAUGUACACUGCUCUAAUAUUUGGAUAAGUUUCAGAAAAACCAACAAGAUCUUGAAAUAAUUGUGGGUGAAUAUUGAUCCUCUUCUUAUCAUCUGCUGAAUUACACCGCUCUCAUUCAGAAACAACCAAUCAAAGCCGGGAGGUGUGUCUUAGUGCUCUUAAUCAGCCUUGUGUACACUCUGCUCGCACUCUCCCUCUAGCUCACCACAAGGAGCUAGUUAGCAUGGUCGCUGGUGAUGGAUGAUGCAGAUUUUCUGUAACAUUAAGUUGCUUCUCCACCAGUUGCACAUUAAGCAACACUUACAUUGAGGACCUUCCUCCUGGCUCUGAUUGGUUGUUUCUGACUGGGAAUGGUUUAUUUUUGCAGAUGAGAAGCACUGGCAUUAGCUUUCACAAAUUAUGUCACAUGUUCCAAACAAAUAUGUAAGAGAAAACAUUGUUCACAAAAUUUAAUACUGCAGCUUUAAGAUAAAUGUGUUAUUUAUUUUAAUAUCUUAAUCACACACUGGACAAUUAAAUGCACGAAUUUAACAGUAAUUGAUGAAGAUUUU